AUGUUCGGCUGGACACGGCGCUUCUCCACCGCCACAUCUUUCCUCAAAACCACCACAAUGGCCGUUUCUUCCCGCCAGCAGCACACUUUCCAAGUCUUCCGCGAUGUGCCCCCACUUCGCAAGCUGCGUCGAGAGCUCCUCCUCUCCAACCGGACCGUCGGUCUCGUCCCGACCAUGGGUGCUCUCCACGAAGGCCAUCUCUCCCUCAUCCGACAAGCCGCGGCCGAGAACACCGACGUCUUCGUCAGCAUCUACGUCAAUCCGACACAGUUCGGUGUAACGGAAGACCUCUCCAGCUACCCGCGCACCUGGGACAGUGAUGUUGCGAAGCUUGAGGAAUUGAAUGCGGAGCUGGCCCGCCAGAACACCAACAGCGGUCGCAUCACCGCCAUUCUGGCGCCCACCUCCAAGGUCAUGUACCCGACGCUGCCGCCUUCUUCCGAGGUCGACGGCGACGGUUCCUUCGUGACCAUCACCCCUCUCUCCCGGAAACUGGAGGGAGCUUCUCGGCCAGUUUUCUUCCGUGGAGUUGCGACUGUCUGCAUGAAGCUGUUCAACAUUGUCCAUGCCGACCGGGCUUACUUUGGUCAGAAGGACGUGCAGCAAACGGUGGUCAUCAAGCGUCUCGUGAAGGACUUCUACAUCGACACGGAGAUCAAGAUCGGGGAUACUGUUCGUGAACACGAUGGCUUGGCAAUGAGUUCGAGGAACGUUUACCUUGGCAAGAGAAGACGGGCAGUGGGUCUGGUCCUUUACGAAGCCAUGAAGGCGGCGGAGAAUGCCUACAACGCUGGCAAGGUCAACCGCAGUGAAAUCCUUGACGCAGCGAACAGCGUCACUGAACGGGUUCUGUCUGAGCAGAAGGCCUUGGCGCCCACGGAGAGGGCUCUGUAUGAGGUUGACUACAUCUCUCUGGCUGAUCCGGAUACUCUGGACGAGCUGGAAGUUGUUGACCCCGCUAAGGGCGCCAUUCUGAGUGGCGCGGUGAAGAUGGCUCCGCUGGAGGAGGCGAAGCCGGGCGAGGACUGCGGCCUCGGUGAUGGCCAAGUUCCUGUGCGUUUGAUCGACAACUUGAUCUUCAAGCCGCGGGUUUAA